AUGGCAUUUGUUAUCUUUUUGAUCCCUUGCUUUGUGGUCAGCACCGACAUCGCUUUCUCCUGCCAGAAUGCUGACGACUUUGUGGGUGCCAGUUCUCCGGGGGACAUCGUUAUUGGAGGCUUGUUUGCAGUUCACAGCGAAAUGCUGCAUCCAGAAGAAGACCCCAUCAAGCCAGUAAUUCAGAAUUGUGCUGGCUUUGAAAUUCAAGUUUUUCUUCAGACACUUGCAAUGAUACACGCUAUUGAAACCAUCAACAACUCAACGCUGUUAUCUGGAGUUACACUGGGCUAUGAAAUCUACGACACGUGUGCAGAAGUUACAAAAGCCAUGGCGUCUGCUCUGAGGUUUCUGUCUAAAUUCAAUUCUUCGGAGGAUGCCGUGGAGUUCAAGUGUAACUACUCAGACUACAUCCCAAGAGUCAAGGCAGUCACUGGAGCCAGCUACUCAGAGGUGUCGAUGGCAGUGUCAAGGCUGUUGGCUUUGCAAUUAAUCCCACAGGUCAGUCCUGCAUCAUCAGCUGAAAUCCUCAGUGACAAAAUCAGGUUUCCUUCUUUCUUCAGGACUAUCCCCAGUGAUUUUCACCAGACAAGAGCAAUGACUCGCUUGAUCUGUGAAUCUGGGUGGAACUGGAUCGGAGUAAUAGCCACUGAUGAUGACAAUGGGCGGUUUGCUCUGGAGAGCUUUGGGGUCCAGGCCAUGGCGAACAAUGUUUGCAUAGCUUUUAAGGAGAUGCUGCCAGCCUAUCUCUCUGACAGCACCUUUCACACCAAAGUUGAUCAAGCAAUUGAGAAGAUUGUCAAGGAAACAAGAGUAAAUGUUAUUGUUGUCUUUAUGAGACAGUUUCAUGUGCUCAAACUAUUCAAGAAGGCAAUUGAGAGGAAUGUUAAUAAAAUCUGGAUUGCAAGUGAUAACUGGUCAGCUGCAGUCAAGAUCAGUACAAUUCCCAAUAUCAGACAGCUGGGAACAGUCGUGGGAUUUGGAUUUAAAAAUGGAGACAUCUCCUCAUUCCAAGAGUUUUUGAGAAAACUUCAUGAAAAGCCCACUGAAAACAACAAAUUUUUACGUGAAUAUAUUAUGCUUUUGUCAGUCUGUGCACACCUGAAAUAUCAUGAUUUUCAAACAUGCAUUGCAAACCAGUCCCAGGAUAAUCUAUUAGAAAAUGAUUGGAGCAAACCUCAGAUCUGGAGAGAUGAUUUUUUGAAUGCUAAUGUUGAACCAGGAUUUAUCCAUAGUACUAUGCUUGCAGUCUAUGCUAUAGCUCACGCCAUUAAAAGGCUAUGCAAAGACAGAGACUGCAAGGAUCCAUCUGCCUUCACUCCCUGGGAGCUCCUUGAAGAACUUAAAAGAGUUGUAAUCAUUGAUGAUGAUAAGGAAGUCAAAUUUGACUCCAAUGGAGAUAUGAGCACCAGUUAUGAUGUCCUUCUUUGGAAAGAAAUUGAUGGCCACAUGGAAAUCACCACUAUGGCAGAAUACAAUGCAGAGAAAGGUGGCUUUAUCUUUGAGGAUGAAGAGAAAAAACAAGAUUUUCUGGCUUUAAAGAAGGUUCAGUCAACAUGCUCCCAGCCCUGCAGGCCAGGCCAGGUGAAAAAGGUUACAGAAAGUCCACACACAUGCUGCUAUGAGUGUAUUUAUUGCCCAGAAAACCAUUACAGCAACCAAACAGAUAUGGAUUACUGCUACCGAUGUAACAACAAAACCUACUGGGCUCCCAUCAACAGCAGCACGUGCUACAGGAAGACAAUCUAUUUCCUUGCCUGGACUGACUGGUUUGCUAUCUUCCUCCUCCUCCUCUCCGCUUUUGGGGUUGUGUUGGUCUUGUCCAUUUGUGUAAUAUUUACCAAAAACUUGGACACGCCAGUUGUAAAGGCGUCUGGUGGUCUGACUGUCUGCUAUAUUAUUCUCUUCAGCCACUUCUUAAUUUUUUUAAGCACUGUCUUCUUCAUAGAUGUACCCACAGAAUUCAAAUGUAAAACUAGGCAAGCACUCUUUGGUAUAAGUUUUACACUCUGCAUUUCAUGUAUUUUAAUAAAGUCACUAAAAAUUUUACUAGCUUUCAGUUUUGAUCCCAAGCUUCAAAAUUUCCUGAAAUGCAUGUAUAAACCUAUUCCCACUGUGGUCACUUGCACUGGAAUUCAAGUUAUCAUUUGCACUUUCUGGCUAAUAUUUAGGACACCUUUUGUAAAUCAAAAUUUCUCAAUCCCAAGAGCAAUAAUUCUGGAAUGCAAUGAGGGGUCUAUUGUAGCUUUUGGGAUUAUGUUGGGCUACAUCGCUGCCCUAGCAUUUAUUUGCUUCAUAUUUGCCUUUAAAGGUAGGAAGUUGCCAGAGAACUACAAUGAAGCUAAAUUCAUCACUUUUGGCAUGCUAAUUUACUUUAUAGCAUGGAUUGUAUUUAUCCCUGUCUACGCAACUACAUUUGGCAAAUACUUGCCAGCAGUGGAAAUCAUUGUUGUUUUAAUAUCUAAUUAUGGAAUCCUCUGCUGCACUUUUCUUCCAAAAUGCUAUAUCAUCAUUUACAAGCAAGAAACAAACACAAAAUCUGCCUUUCUCAAAAUGGUUUACACUUACUCCUCUAAGAGUGCAGGCAGCGUUGCUGUUAGUCAGGUUUCUUUAGAUUCAAAGUCUUCCAGUUUCCGAGCCACUAUCACAGAUUCGUGUAAAACUGAGAAUGACUCUGUGAAUGGAAAUUGCCAUUACCAAGUGCCUGGGCAGCCACUAAUAAAAGGAAAAGUUCUUCCUAAAAAUGCUGCAAGGACUAUGGUCAGGAAAAGAGUUUCCAGCAUAUGACUGGCCAGUGUUAAACCACCAGAAGUGGAAAAGCCAUUUUAGGGAGCCAUUUGUCUUUCAGAUCUCUUUCCUUUUGCUAUCUCCAAGGAGA